GUCACUGCAGAGCUCUGAGCGAAGCUGCUGAGCCAGAGACAGAACAGCAGCUUUGAGAGUCAGCAGCUGGGUCCCCAGGGAAAUGCUGCUUCUGCUGCUGCUGUUGCCUGUGGUCCUCUGCCCGGGGGGUGGCGGUGAGGAAGCCUUUCAAGGGCCCACCUCUUACCACGUCAUCCAGAUCUCGUCCUUUGCCAACAGCAGCUGGGCACAGAACCAGGGCUCAGGAUGGUUGGGUGACUUGCAGAUCCACGGCUGGGACAACGACGCGGGCAGGGCGAUUUUCCUGAAGCCCUGGUCCAAGGGCAACUUCAGUGAGGAGCAGGUGGCCGAGCUGGAGGACAUCUUCCAGGUGUAUCUUACUGGGUUCAUCCUAGAAGUACAGAACCAUGCCCAGGAGUUCCAGAUGGAAUACCCCUUUGAGAUCCAGGGAAUAGCAGGCUGUGGGCUGCAUUCCGGAGGGGGCACAGUGAGCUUCUUGCGGGGAGCAUUAGGAGGCGUGCAAUUUCUGAGCCUCAAGAAUCACUCCUGUGUGCCCGCCCCAGAAGGUGGAAGCCGGGCUAGGCGCAUCUGCGCACUCGUCAACCAAUACAUAGGCAUCUGGGAUAUCGCCAUGAAGCUGGUCUUUGAAACCUGCCCUCAGUACCUCCUGGGUGUCCUCGAUGCGGGGAAGGCGGAACUGCAGAGACAAGUGAAGCCCGAGGCCUGGCUGUCCCGUGGCCCCAGUCCCGGUCCUGGCCGUCUGCUGCUGAUGUGCCACGUCUCUGGCUUCUACCCAAAGCCAGUGUGGGCGAUGUGGAUGCGGGGUGAGCAGGAGCAGCCAGGCACCCAGAGAGGCGACCUCCUGCCCCAUGCUGAUGAGACGUGGUACCUCCGGGUGACCCUGGACGUGGCGGCGAAGGAGGCAGCUGGUCUGUCUUGCCGAGUGAGACACAGCAGUCUGGGAGGCCAGGACUUGGUCCUCUACUGGGGAAACCCCAUCUCCGUCGGCCUGAUAUCUUUGGCAGUAAUAGUGCCCUUAUUGAUCCUUUUGACAGUUCUUACGUUUUGGUUUUUGAGGCGCAGGUCCUAUCAGAGCAUCUAAUGACCAUCACAUGACUCCUCUUCCAUUUGGAAUAAAUGCCCAGAAACCCAGAAACGCAAGUUGCCAGCCUUGGAGUUGAUCACAUCAUAUUUCAUCAAAGAAUCCUCCUGUUUGAUCACAUCAGAGUUCCCAUAGGAUGCAUGAUAAAUCACUAUUUAUAGCUGUCAGAAAAAUAAUAGAAAACCAUCAUUUUAUUAUGAGAUGAUAUCAUUCCUAGGAUUCACCCUGGUCUCCUACAUGUGAGAUGUGGGGAAGAAUGUGUUUCAGAAUAGAUGAGACGUGGUGUACUGCUUACUGGUGAUGUCCUUUUGGCUUCCUGUGGUAAAACAUUUUUUCUGCUUCUGCUGAAAUAUCACUUGCCAAAGUAAACUAAC